CCAGCUGCUGCCAGUUGGUCAGAUCAUCCAGAAGGCCGUGAGGGCCUCCAAGUGGUUGGGCAUGAAGUGUGUUCUAUGCUGACCCAGGCCUACUUGGUGUCCUAUCUGAGAUACAGGAUUGCUGGACGUAAGCAGGUCAAUAUGAUGGUUCUGAUGAAUAUCUAUCAAGAUGUCAGCUGUAAAGGACAAAGCUCUGGUGAAGAUGGAAUUGCUCUCCAUGGUGAUUGGCCUAGACAAGCUACAGAAUAAAAACGAAAAUGAUGACAGAUACCAGCUACCCUCAAAUAAUAAGUCUGUUCAGCAGACCCUGACAACCUUAAAGGAGGUAGGCAAUGAAGUUCUGUACAAGCUGAUGGAAGACUACUUUUUGAAUUACAUGAGAAAUGAGAUCCCUGGCGGCAUUCAGCAAGAGCCCAAGCCUGGAGACCUGCUGGAGAUUUUCCGAACCAACUAUUCUUACUGGGUUGUUUACGUGGGUUAUGGUUGUGUUGUCCACCUGGUACAUCCACACCAACAUGCUAUAGGUGCCAAGAAGCCAGCCUGGAAGGAUAUAGCCCUGGUGAAGAUGGAGCGGCUCUCUGUGGUGGCUGGGAAUGACAAAUACCAGGUCAAUAACAAACAUGAUGACAAAUAUGAGCCCCUACCACCCAAUAAGAUUGUCCAAAGAGCUUUCAAAGAGGUGGGCAAUGAAGUCUUUUACAAACUGAUCCAGGAGUACUUCCUGACCUACCUGAGAUAUGGAAUACCUGGUAGCAAUCAGCAAGAACCCACGCCUGGAGACCUGAUUGAAAUAUUCCGAAGAGGCUACUCUCAUUGGGCUGUUUAUGUGGGUUAUGGUUGUGUUGUCCACCUGGCACCUCCACUUGUUGCCGACAUUGCACCACUUAAGAGAGAACUGCUCUAUGUGAUGGUUGGAAGCAACAGGUAUCAAGUCAAUAACAAGUAUGACGACAGUGACCCGCCACUGCCACCCACCCAGAUCGUGCAUCGAGCUUUGAAAUUGGUGGGGAAACUGGUUCCCUACAACCUCCUCAACAAUAACUGUGAACACUUUGCAACACAACUGAGAUCUGGAGUCCCUCGGAGUGAUCAGAUCAGAAACGCUCUCUUGAAAUUACCUGGUUUGGCUGUCAACCUCAUGGAACUCAUGAAUUGAGAAACUAACUUCAAGAAAGAGGAAAACCAAAUGAUGAAAAUAAAAUUCAUGAACAAAGUGAACACACACACCAGAGAGAAAAGAAAAAGAAUUAGCAGAACCUACUAUCCCCAGUUAUGUUCUAGCAAAGCCAAGAAUUUUAAGGAAAUGUGGAUGAUAACCUACAAAAAUCUAAAAUACCCACAUUAACCAAACAAGAACUAGAGAUAUUAAACAGCCCAAUAUCACACAAUGAAACUGAAGAAAUCAUAAAGGAAUUACCAAAGGGAAAAAGCCCCCAAACAAACCCUGGUCCAGACAGCUUUAUGAGUGAAAU